UGUCCUUCCGCCCAAGGCAUCGCCUGAAGAAGAACUUCUUUCUUUGUCACCCACGAUCCACUCAAAGGGAUGCCCAGCGUUGCAACCAUCGCCCCUGCAUGAUCCCUAAGAAGAAAUCCGACAGCUGACUUUCCACUUUAUUUGAAGAUCAACCAAUUUAAUUUGACUUGGGAAACUUCCGGUCUCUUCCAUCUGAAUAACUGGGGCUUCAUCCGUAUGAAAUUCAAAGAGUACUGUUAAAGAAUUUCCACACCGAGUCUAAGAAAGAACAUUGGAGCAAAAUGUGAUCUUGCGAGACGCUGUUGUGGCUGCAUAGGGGACAAAUAGACGGAUAAAUAGCAUAGAAUGAGGCUUGCUGCUCCGGGAAUGGCUUGGCAUCCGGCCGAACGGCUAACUUAUGACAAAUAAUCUCUGGAUCAAUCCCCAACAUGUCCUCCGGCCCUCGGGCAAACAAAAUCUGAAACCCUUUUACGACCGCAAUCACUCCAUCUCUUAUCUCUGGCUCCAGGUCUGUUCCGAUCGCAACCCUCCGAUCGGAAGGUGAGUCAAGCUCAACGUGUUCCAGCAUUGUGGCCGGUUCAGGACGUGCUAUAAACUCCGUUUGUCGUGUCUCUGUCUCGAUAUUGUUAACCUGCAUGCCACGGGUAUUAAUCUUCCUCAUUGCCUCCCGAUAACAGGUUCGGGCUGUUGCUGGAUCUGUUCGGGCCACCCCUACCCUGGUGUCCGUUGGGAAUUUAAUGCAUGAGUGCCUCACAUAAGCUAUGGCCACCAAAUCAUCUGAUCCUGGUCAGCCAAGUAUAGCGUUGUAGUCACACUUGAUAUCUGCCACAACGAACGUUAUCUGGAUCUCCGCUCGGUGCACCUCAACUCCAAUCUCGACCAGAAGUGUUAUGGUUCCUUCGACAUCAAUACAAUUCCUCGUGAAAAUUGCCAAUGGUGUCUUCCGGGGUGUCAAUUGGUCUCUUCGCAACUCCAUCUUCUCGAACACGUGUAAAUACAGAACGUUCACGCUGCUUCUCGUAUCCACUAACACUCGACGGAUAAGGGUGUUGUCAAUGCACAUGCUUAUCACCAAUUCGUCCUUGUGCAGAUUUGGUGAUGUAGGCAGAUCGACUGACCCGAAUGUGAUUGGUUCAAUCCUGCCUUUCUUCUGGGGAGGGUUGGAGAUGGACGUGACAUAUAAGCUCCGUUCGAACCUCUUCCGUUCGGCAGUUGUAUCCCCAGUCUCUCCCCCUCCGAAGAUAACUCUCACCUCCAUCCUGGGUUUCUUCCCUUGGUUCCCCGAUCCUUCACCAUCCUCCCUCGGCUGGAUGCACACAUCGUUCCUAGGUUUGGCCUCACGUCGAUCGUCCUUUCUCCGGCUAUUGGAUCUCUUGUACUAUUUUUGGUUUGGGGGAGGUCCAUUCAGGUCUCUGCUCACAUACUUACCCAAAUGGACUUGUUGGAUCAGCUCCUCAAUUGCAAUCUGGAUUGCCCGACAAUUUUUGGUGGCAUGUCCCUUUCGUUUGUGAUAAUUACAGAAAUCAUCCUCGCCCCCCAUGUAGGCCUUCGUAUCUGUUGGAGGGGAAUUGAGAGGACAAGUGGGGUGAACCGCUUUGCCUUGGAUGGUGGUGUGGCCGCUGUGUAACACUAGAGAUUUAAUUUAAAUGAAUUAAUAGUAUUACUCAUACCAACAAGAUGCAUCUCCUUUUAAGGGAGCUCAUCAGCUAAGAACUCCAAAGUUAAACGUGCUUGCACGGGAGUAGUCUUGGGAUGGGUGACCCCCUGGGAAAUUUCUCAGGGCGCGCACGAGUGAGGACAAAGUGCGCGGAAAAGGCUAGUGGCGGUUUGUGAGGACAGUACUAGAGGUCAGGAGUAACUACCUCGGGUCCUGCGGGGUUGGGGGUGUUACAGGUGGAUCAGAGCAACCCUGCGACGGUGUGUUGAUCCGUUGAGUAUUGGGCGGGCACUUAGCGGGGGAGGAUUCUGGGAUUUGAUUGAAAUUUGAGAUUGGAUUAUGGGCGCAACGAGGACGUUGUGAUCCUAUGUGGGGGUGAUUGUAACACUUGAGAUUUAAUUUAAACGGAUUAAUAGUACUACUCAUACCAUUAAGUUGCAUCUCCUUUUAAGGGAGCUCAUCAACUAAGAACUAUAAAGUUAAGCGUGCUUGCACGGGAGUAGUCUUGGGAUGGGUGACCCCCCUCGGAAAUUUCUGAGGGCAUGCAUGAGUGAGGACAAAGUGCGCAGAAAAGGCUAGUGAUGGUUUAUGAGGGCAGUACUAGAGGUCAGGAGUAAUUACCUCGGGUCCUGUGGGGUCUAGGUGUUACACGCUGGAACAGGUCCCAGCCGAUCGGCCAAUCUCGUGGGUGCAGCAGGUGGUGACACUCUGUCCCUGAUCAUUAUUUCCUCUUUUAGGGCAGCGUGCUUCCGAGCCCUUUCCAGCACUUCAGCAUAACUCGUGCAUAGGUUCUUCUUCAGGUCUCGGUAUAGCUCCCCGAUCUGGAGGGCGUUGGUGAAGAGGGUGAUCCCGGUACACUCAGUUUGAUUCUCAACCUUCAAUGUCUCAUCUCUCCAUAUUGUCAAGAACUGGAUGAUGGAUUCUUUUGGCCCCUUGCGGACACUUGUUAGGUAACUGAAGUGUCGCUUUGUGGUAGCGUUAGAAGCGAACUGUGCCAGAAACAAUGUAGAGAGUUCGGCAAAGCUCCCGAUCGAACCAGGAUGUAACUGGCCAAACCACUCCUGUGUCGGACCCCUGAGUGUGCUGAAAAAUAACCUGCAAAUAGCUGCAUCAGUGGCUCCUAGCAGCAUGAGCCCUCCUUGAUAACUCCUUAGAUGUGCAUGGGGGUCUCCUACCCCGUCAUAUGUUAGGCCGUCCGGGGGCCUACGGUCCCUCAUAAUUUUAGCGUUCAUGAUUUCCCUAGUCAAAGGAGAAGUGAUCCCAACGCGAGCCGGAGGGGCCUAGGGAGGUGUUCGAUUUACCUACUGGGUCAACUCAGCAAUCUGCCUUCUCAUGAUUGCCAAUUCCUCCUCCUAUGUCGUUCGGGGUGGUGUUCUCAGAUCCACCUGUUAGGAAAUUGAUGUAUCGUACCUCGAAAGUACGGCAGCGGAAAUUUUAAAAUUUUCCCAAACAGAUCUUCCCUGAUUAUGACAAAAUAACGAAUAUGAUAAUAAUAACAGAUCUGAGUUAGAACUUACAGAUCUUCCAGCCUAGCGGUGAUAAUCAUUGACUUUUGGUAUCCACGUGAUUUCUCCUUUCUGAAAGAACGGUUAGAUCUCCCUAAGAGAAAGACUAGGAAAUCUCUUCGCAUGGAAAUAAACUGGUAAUACUAAAUCUGAAAAUAGGUCACUUAAUUAUGAUGGAGGAGGAUGUAUUUAUACUAGUUCUAAACUAGUUUCCCAAUCACAAUGAAAGUCUUUCUCAUUAAUGAGUUGUAAUCUAAUUAGGACCAAUCUCAUCUAUGAUUUAAUUAUUAUUAAUUAAAUAAAUCAACCAAACAAAUUAAUAGUAAGAUGAAAGUUGGCUGCACGCUACUUUCCAUCUUUAUUAUUAUUUAUUUUAGUUUUCUUUUCUUUUUAAUUCUAAAUUAUAAAGAAAAAGUACCAACUUUAUUUAAUUAAGAAUACAUCUUAAUUAAGUAUAAUAUAUCUAAUUUAUCACACUUAAUUAAAUCUAUCAAAUAGAAUUCUUCUUCAACAUCACGAAUUAAAUAUAGUUAAUCUAACUAAUAUUUAAUCCAUUUUUAGUAUUACGAAUUUAAUAUUAUUUAAUCCAAUUAAUAUUUAAUUCCUUCUAACAAUUCUAUUGGAAGGUAUAAUCACUUGUUGUGUGACCCAUAGGGCCUUAUAUAUUAAGCACUAAUCAAAUCAAGGUCUUAGUAGAAUCCCUAGACGAUUUACCAGACAAACUUAAUAUAUAAGGACGUUUGCGAGGACUAUUCAAACUCUCUGUAAUAUAGAGCUCAUAGUGAUACGGUCCUUUCAUUCAGUGAACAUUCAACUAAGUCUAGAACAUGAUAUUUUGUCUAUCCCAAUAACUCAGUCUCUGUCUCUCAAUCUUUCUAGAUGAUCCAUAACGAUCAUAUUCGAUAUCCAAAACGAAUAUAUCUUUGCAUUGGCCAAUGGCUUUAUGAUCCAUCUAGAUAUGAGAAGUAGAAUGUUCUCUCUUAAUCUAUUAUGAGGAAUGAAUCCUUUCUUGGCUCAACUACUACUCCAUGUGCUUCGUGAUGCAACCAACACAUGCCGUAUCUACCCCGAUUGGAGUGCAAGCGUUGGUCAUGGUCAAAGUACAUCCCUCCGCACAUGUAGUACGUAUUGGCCUCAAGUCGGAGGACUAUUACACUACUCUAUACGCCGAUAAUCCCAUAGACACAUGAAUAGAACUUAUCAAAUGGUUUCUCGGUGGGUAUGCCAAUAUUCUCUAAAAUAUCUAUGUGACCAUCAUGAAUUACAGGAACUCAUAGUCGUGAGAUCAACUAUAGUUUCUAAAAGUAUGAUGUAGUCCACAUACCAAUCUUAUCGCAUAUCAUCAAUAUCUCAUUCUUGAUGAUCAUUGAUUGGGGCUAUUUUAGGACCUUAUGUUAUAUCAUAUAAGCUCCCACUUACUUAUUGACAACAUAAAUUCAAGGGAACACAAUUACGAAUAAAACAUUGACAACCGAAAAACAAUCAUUCAUAAAGUGUAAUACCGUGUAUAUAUCAAAUAUAAAAACUAAAUGUGAUCAAGUACAUAUGUCUUUAAAAAAAUGAUUGUCGCUAGGACAUAUAUACUAACACCACCAACUCCAGGGUUCUCUCUCGUGGGGGUGCCGGUGUCUCCUUACGUCUCCGUAUGAAUCGGCUACCAUCACGUUCCUCAUACUGGAAACGUCAUCCCACCGACAUUAUUUCCCUGAACUGUGCCCCAUAUCCAGGGAAGAAAGGGGUACGGUCACUGGGACUGUGCUGCCCGUGAGUGAACCGAAGCUCUGGUGGUCUCAGUAUCGCCAGUGACUUCGUCAAAUGAUCACAUCGGACUGAUCGGGGAGGGGGUAGUGUACCCUAUUUCAGUGGUGUAGUUGGUUUGUCCUCCAUCUUGCUCAUCCGCCAUUUGGCGCAUUACGUCAGUUAAAUCCUGCAUUGCAUGGCGAUUCCUCCUAACUGCCUCGGAGAUUAUGAAGUCCCUAUCGUACCUCCGAUGUCACGCCCCAGACCGCAUCUAUGCGCGUGUACAACCGCCGUAUGACCAAGUGACGUCACUCGCAAGUCAACGUGUCUUAAUCAUACAAGGCGUCCAUUAACAUAAUAUAUCCAUACUCAGUGGUAAACAUACACAACAACAUCACAGUUUAGAUUAAUUGAAUGGCGGAAAUAUUAACCAAUUAAUCAUGCGCCACACAUGGCCAAAACGUAGGCUCGCAGGCCAAAACAAUGUAUUAAUACAAAAGUAUCCAUGAGCAUAGUUUAUUUUUUUGAAAUAGUAGAGGGAGCACGAACUACGUCUUCCUCUGGAUUCUCUUCACCCGUGCAAAGGUGUAGAUGACAAGCCUUAACUUCAACCUGAAAUGGUGGGGCCCCCCGAAGGGGUCAGUACAAGUACCGAGCGAGUAGCAGGCUAAAUAUAGAAUAACUAGCGUUUCAAGUAUAAGACCCAAACAUAGGGUGAUACUUAUGUAAAUAGUCUUUUCCCCCAAGUUAAGAAAUACUUAGUAGUACAUAUACACUUGGAAAAUACCCGAUCCGUAGAUCACCGCUUUAUUUGGGAAAAUAUUAAUAGUCAAUAUCCUUGACUAAAAACCCCAACUCACCCAUAUGCCUGUGAGUGUAUAGGACUCCUCCUUGUCCAUACUUCAAUAUCAUAAUCUAUGAGUUUUGAGGAUCAAAAUCCUUGGGUACUCCACCAAAUUUUUAUUUGAGUGUUAAGGACUUUUAAUCCUAGGGUCCUCCACCAAUUUAUUAUCCGAGUGUUAAGGACUUUAAGUCCUAGGGUCCUCCACCAAUUUAUAAUCCGAGUGUUAAGGACUUUAAGUCCUAGGGUCCUCCACCAAAAUAUGAGUGUUAAGGACUUUUAAGUCCUAGGGUCCUCCACCAAAAUAUGAGUGUUAAGGACUUUUAAGUCCUAGGGUCCUCCACCAAAAUAUGAGUGUUAAGGACUUUUAAGUCCUAGGGUCCUCCACCAAAAUAUAAUCCUAUGAUCAACCUCCUAUCAACCUAGAUAAGAUCUAUAUCAUAUUUAUUCAUUCAUAGCUAAAUCAAUACAUAAAGCUUAUGUAUCACAAUCCAUGCAAAGUCAUGCGUUUAUAUAACUUCAUAAUUAACUAAUACCAUCCGGUAUCAAUUAAUCCAUUAUCCAUCGGUCAACGUUUUCGUUGACCGCCAUUUCAAACCUUAUACGUAUCAACUUAAUCAUCACAUAAUUAAGUUAAUAAUGUUCGUUUGUGCUCCUCUUACGCUUCAAGCAAACAUGCAUUUUAUAUAAUUCCUCAUAACAUAUUUCAUGCAUAAACAAUUAAUUCCUUUCAUACAAACUUAACCAUAUUGGCUAAUCACAUGUUUAAAUACCUUUUAAACAUAAUUAUGAACACAUAUAACAUUUAUUUAGGUAAUAUCAUAAUUAACCCAAAAGUUAUAAGAUAUUAAGCCGUCCACUCACCUCGAAUUAGCGUUAUGAAGUUCUACCCCUCUCGGUUGAACUCCGGCGAUACCCCGGCGACUUUUGACGAACUCCGGCGACAACUCCGGCGAACUCUAGAAACUCUUUAGUUAAGCUCCUAACAUGUUUUUAUAAUCACAAAACCCAUAUUAAUACAAAUAACCUCAAAAAUGUUAUUUUCCGGCGAACCGUUCGUAUUGGCUUCUAAGUCCGUUCUUGGACAUAGAACCACUUUCCAACCCAUUCUUCCAAACUCAUACCAUGUAGAAAAAUCCUAAGGGUCCUUCAUAUGAUAUAUAUCUCAUAUGAUAGAAGAAAAAUUAAAGGAAAAGUUAUGAUAAGGUUAUUACCUUAAUUUUCACACUUUUUCCUAGGUUUUUCCUUCUCUAAUCUUCUUCCCUUGCACCCCUUUGUGUUGAGCUCGAAAAUGGAGGAUGCUAUGGAGUAUUUUCAGAGCUUCUCACUCCUUGGAUGGCAGCUGGGUCGAGUUAAUGGGGAUAGGAUUGAUUGAGAAUGCCUUUUUGGCAUUUCUCUCAAUCAUACAUGAAAGGGGUCCACUCCCUUAAAUGUGUUUGGCUCCCAAAUCACCUCAUGGCUCCUUUCCCAUGUGAUGGUGCGGCUACCUUGUCAAAAAACAAGGCUAAAAACGUGGGUUGGCCCCUACUUAUGUGGGGGUCAUUGCUUUGUGUCCCGUAAUGCACAAUCGGUCCCGAAAGUUGUAUUUUUCGGACUUUUUUAAUUAUAUUUUAUUUUAUCGGGCCAAAUAAAAUAUAUUGUGUGAUUUCAAUCACUAUGGACCUUUAGAAUAAUUUUAGAUUCCCCAACUUUAAUUUAGAAGUCUCCGAAAUUCAAUUCGGACUGUUAUCCGGUAAAUUACCAAUACCGGUAAUGGGGCUUCGUUUGACCGACGGGUCAACCCUAAGCCUUUUCUAUGGCCCAACUAAAAUAUAUAUAUACCAUCAUAUAAAUAUUAUCUAGACCAAGAUGAAUAUAAUAUGUGGUCCCGGGUUUACCGGACGGUCCCCGCUCCCGGUGUGGGCCCCACGUGCAGUUCACUAUUCACGCGAAAGAAAUAACCAAAAAUUUACAACCACGUAAAUUCACGAAUCAUUAUUCAAGGUUUAUUACAUGAUUUACUAAAAGUAAAUAUAUUUGGAGACGGUGUUACAUCCGAAAUGAUCCUCUGCCGGAAUGCCCCUGGUUAGACCGACUUCCUGGUAUUCUGCUGUCCCCCCGCCUUCCGGAUGUGCCAUCAGUCUGUUAAGAGGAGAUUGUGACCAUGUUGAUUGUUGAUUAGUGCCCAGUUUUGUGUUUGCUUGGGAUUUUUGUUCAAAUUCCCACAAACGACGUCAAUGUUGAGUUUAAGUCCUGAAUGGAUCAUAAGGCCCAACACAAACCUUUGUAUCUAUGAUAUAAUUGAUAUAGUAACGGCGUAUAAUGAAAUAUAAAAACAGAUAGAAUAACUCAAAAGCUCCAAUUGUAUUAGCACAAUAAAUGUGAUUACAAGGAAAUGACCGAACGGGAGUUACGGUCCGCAGUUCUAAUACAAGAGCUAGAAUGAAGUAUAAAGCUUAUGAGUAAACAAUUGCUACCCCUAACAAUGCAGUAAAUGAUGCUAUUUAUAGUAGAUGAGGGUAGGUGGAUGGAUGAGGUGGCGAGCUCCCAAUGGUUGCCCCUUUAUCACCUGCAACACUCAUACCCCACUUGGUGUGCCCAUGCUCCUACUUGGUGUGCUCAUGUUCCCGCAGUAAAUGCACCCCUGCCACUUGUGGAGAAUUCCCAUUCGGGACUUGGAUCAGGAUGGCCCGCAUCCGAGGGCAAAAUGUCUUAUCCACCAAGUGUGGAGCCAUACUCGUCCGGGGUCUACCGGACAGUUAUCAUCCAAAUGAAUGAGAGCUCGAUCGGUACCUUGGUAUAUGUCUGCCGCUCUUGGACCCCACCCAUUCGGGACCUACCGAACGGUUGUCACCCGGAGAAUGAGAGCUCAAUCGUUGUCUUCUUGGACCUCAGGGAUAUUUUGGGUCGGUAUAUUGGGCCGGAUCCCAAUAUCCCAAGUCCCAACAAUAUAUUUUGAGCUUAGUAUUUAAAAAAAUAUUUUUCUAGUUUUAAUAAAGUUUUGUAUGUUUUUGUGCCUUUUUGUGAUUACUAUUUUUUUCUCCAUACAUUUUGGAGUUUAUACAUUUUCAAUUUUUUAUAAUAUUGAGAUUUUUUACAUUUCAUAGCAUGUUAAAAUAGAGAAAAUCUUUGUUACAGUUAAUAAUAAUAAUAAUAAUAAUAAUAAUAAUAAUAAUAUUGCUUUUAAGCUUCCAAUUGCGGUAUGAUAUAAAAGAUUAGUGCGGAGUAUUUGGGUUUAGAAUCCUAGAGUACGUAUUAAUAAGUAGGGUGGGGCGGUGCACAGAUGUAUUAGUUAAGAGGCCGUUUGGUAAUACUGUUUUUCAGCUUAUCAGGCUUAUCAGCCAUCUUUUUUACCAAACACAUAACUUUUGCUUCUGCGCGCUGAAUUGUGUAAUAAGCAGAAAAAGUAAGGUUGGAGUUACUUUUCUGACUGUAUUGGCUGAAGUUACUGUAGACAAUCAUUUUAGCUAUUUUUACAUAUAAUUUUUUCCUUAUUUUAUUAAUAAAAUAUAUUUUAAAAUUAUUUUUUUCUUAAAUCAGCAGAAUCAGCCAAUGCAGCCACUUCAGUCAGAACUUCAUAAAUUUCAGCAGAAUCAGCCAAAUCAGACGAUUUUCGUGCUACCAAACGGGCUCUAAGUAUAGUGUCAUUCUCCACUUAGUGACUUCAGAUCAGUGCAUUAGCCGAGGAGAAUCCCCGUUAGCAACCGGAAAGAAACCAGUACAACGUCUUCAUUCUUAAAGAAAUACUAGCUCAGACGAAGAAUCAGACUCAAGUGAGUCUGAGAUCAAUGAUUACAAGGAGAAACCUUAUGAAGAACUUUAAAGUAAAAGGUCCAAAUGGGUGCCUUCGAUGUCCGUUUUUUGCGCGGGGAAAAAGAAACAAGAUUACAAGUAGAAGGAUCUUCUUCAGCAUGCUACAGGAGUCGGCAAAGGUUCCGCAAACAGGUUAAUACAGAAAGCAAACCACUUGGCACUGGCGCAGUACUUGGAGACAGAUCUAGCAGAUGAGGCUGAGCCACUACCAGAACGAGCAGUUCAACCGGUCCAUGUCGCUUCUGAACAGAAUAACCUAUAUUACUGGCCUUGGAUAGGCAUUGUUGUGAAUGUAUUGGAAAAAGGAACUGAGAAUGCAGUAGAGGAGGAAGAGUUUUGGUUAAAGAAGUUUUCAAAAUAUGGGGCUCAGGAGGUGAAGAUCUUCUGUGAUGAUAAGUCGCGCACUUCUGAACUUGCUAUCAAAUUCAAAAGAGAUUGGACCGGUUAUAAGAAUGCAUUGGAGUUUGAGAUGGCAUUUGUGGCUGACUGCUGCAGUAAGAGAGACUGGAAUGCUCAAAGGUCCUCACCCGGAUCAAAUAUAUACGGUUGGUUUGCAAGAGAGGAUGCUUACCAUUCAGAUGGGGCAAUCGGUUAUUACCUCCGCGAGAUAGGGCAGUUGAAAACCAUCACCGAUCAUGAACAAGAAGAAAAGAUGGACAAGAUCAAAGUUGUUGCUGAUCUAGCAAGUGAGAUUGACUUGAAGAAUAAAAACCUUGAUGAACUGCAGACAAAGUUCAAUGAGAAGACCUUGUCCCUGAGUAGAAUGCUUGAGGAAAAGGACAUACUUCACCAUGCUUUUGUGAAGAGUCUAGGAAGAUGCAGCGUCUUGCACGGGAGCAUGUCCAAAGGGUCUUGCAUGAACAAGAAAGUCUGAAUACGGAAUUGGAGAACAAGAAGAAGCAGCUUGAUUCUUGGAGCAGAGAAUUGAACAAGCCUGAAGUCUUGACUGGGCGUGAAAAGCAAAAACUUGAAGAUGAGAAGCAAAAGAAUGAUGCAAGGAACAGUUCACUUGAAAUGGCCUCCGAGGAGCAGAAAAAAGCUGAUGAAAAUGUGUUAAGGCUUGUUGAAGAGCACAAGAGGGAGAAGGAUGAGGCCCUACAAAAGAUACUCAAGCUGGAGAAGGACAUUGAUGCCAAGCAGAAACUUGAAAUGGAAAUAGAAGACCUGAAUGGAAAACUGGAGGUGAUGAAGCAUAUGGGUGGGGAGGAUGAUGCGGCAGUGCAGGCAAAAAUUAAGGAGAUGAAUGAGCAACUGGAAUCCAAAAGGGAGGAGAUGCAAGAUUUGGAUGAAAUGAACAGUGCUCUGCUGAAGAGGGAACGCCAGAGUAACGAUGAGCUGCAAGAAGCCCGCAAAGCACUGCUGCAGGCGUUGCCUGAUAUGCUGAAUAUACGUCAUUCUCAUAGUGGGAUAAAACGAAUGGGUGAGAUUGACUCCAAAGUCUUCCAAAACGUCUGCAAGCAAAGGUUCUCUAGUGAGGAAGCAGAUGUGAAGGCCCUUGAACUUUGCUCUCUAUGGCAGGAGAAAGUGAAAGACUCCAACUGGCAUCCUUUCAUCAUGAUCUGAAAAGAUGAAGACAACUAUGAGGAAAAGCUAAAUGAAGAAGACAAAGAGUUGCGCGAUCUGAAGGAGCAGUGGGGUGAUCCGGUGAUGAGAUUCAUGGGGCGAUCACCAAAGCCCUGAAAGAGGUGAAUGAAUACAACCCCAGUGGAAGGUACGUGGUCCCUGAGCUGUGGAACUUCAAAGAAGAAAGGAAGGCCACCUUGAAGGAAGUUAUUGCCUUCAUCUUCAAACAGCUCAAGACUGGGAAGCGGAAGAGGGCUUGAAUAGCCAGUUGAUGGGAGGGCUUAGUGCACCCCCCCCCCCCCCCCCCCCCCCCCCAUAUAUGAAUACAUUAUAUGAAUAAUCUUUAUGUACUUGAAGUUUAAAUCCUUAUCAAGAUUUCGGUUUUGGUAAAUAUCAAGAUUGUGAGUCAAUAGACAUGACGUUUCACGAGCAAAGGAAGAGCUGAUUGAGAAUGAG